AAACUGGUUACUGCAGUUGUACAGUGAUGUCUGUCUUGUAGUCAGCAUACAUAGUUCGAUAUCGAAAAUAGUUUCCUGUAAAGAUAAAGUUCAAUAGAAGUGGGUAGGGAAGUUUAAACCAGCGUGUUCCGCAGAUAGCUUGUUUUGCUGCGUGUUUCUAAUAUCGCUUCAACCAAAUUAACAAACUUAUCAACAAAGAUGAAAAAACUAAACCUUUUGGGACUGAUUGUGCUAGUGGUACUUGUGGCGGUUGCAAAUGGUGAUGGAAAGAAGAAGGAAAGUGCUUUCGAGGAAAGUGGUGGCAGCGAACAUGGUUUAGAGCAUCACUCGAAAAAAGGUGAUAAAGGCGAUAAGGGAUACGAGAAAAAGCAUGGGUUGGAAAAAGCGGAAAAGGGUAGCCAAGGAAAGGAACAACACGAAUCACACUACGGCGAAGAAGGGGGACACAAGAAGGAGAGCCAUGACGAGGGCGAUCAUUACAAAAAGCAUCACGAAGAGAAAAAAGGAUCGAAGCAUGGAAAAAAAGGUCACAAAAAGGGACACAAAAAAGGAUCAAAGACGACUGGCUACCAUCAUAAGUCACACAAAGAUGACUACCACAAGGAGCACAAAUUCUACGACGAUCAUCAUAAGGAAGGCCAUCACAAGAAGUUUGGCGAUUUCUUUGAAUUCCACAAGAAGAACGGUGGCGAUCACAAGAAAGGAGGCCAUCAUGAGUCGGCUCACAAGGAGGACAAAUAUGCCAAGAAGGGUCAUACCGACAAAGGUCACUUCGAUGAUGAGCACAAAGGCUGGAAGCAUAAGCAUGGCCACGAGUCACACUUUUCCCAUAAGGACGAUUUUGGCAAAAAGGGUGGCAAAUCUGGUGGCAGUGAACACGGCUUUAAGAAAGGUGAUCAUGGUCAUUAGUAAAAAAAACCCGCUCGGAAGUUUGCGGUAGAAUACAGAUUGCGAUACUGAAAACGUUUUGUGAAAUAAAUAAAAUUGUUAUGAAAUAGUA